AUGAGCAAUGACGUCGCCCAGGUUGCCAGCUCAAGUCCCAAGGACGAGGAGCCACCUGCCCGCACCCUCUCGCCUCGCUCGCACGGGCGCGUUGUCGUGCGCGCACACCACGAGCGUGAGGCGCAAGCCGCCGCAGCAGCCUGGAGGGCUCACCGAGCGAGAUACUCGGCGGAGCGAUGGCCCGCCGCGCAAGCAGCCCCGACGCGCUCGUCUGGGGGGCCCGCCCGUGUAUCCCCGACGAGGAGAGGAGUUGAGACAGCGGGAGUACGAGACGGAACGGCCGAGGUGAGUACCAGUACCCAUGCGCCCUCUGGGCCCUCUCCCUCUCCUUCCUCUCAGCGCGUCCGUCCUGCGCGUCCGCUCUCGCACGACCCACACGUUCUCGUCGAACGCGCCCGCCGCCCUCCGCCGUCGCCCGCUCCUCCGGCGCACCGCGAGCGCGCCCCGCCUGCCGACUCGCAUCCCCCGUCGCGCCAAGGCGAUACGCUCGCGCCCGCCGAGUGCAUCCCCCGCCGGCCGGUCUCCCCGUCCUCGUCCGACGCGCUUCUGCGCUCGCGCCGCCCGGUCGCCAUCUCGUCCCCGUCCUACUGCCUGGCGCCUGCAUCCACUCCGCACGCACGCCCUCUCUCGCUCGCCGCGCCAACGCCCUGGCACCCGCCCUCUCGCGCUCUUUCGCCGCAAUCGCGCGCGCGAGCCCUUGUACACCGGCACCAAGAGCGCGAAGCCCAGGCAGCCAAACAAGCCGAGGGCUCCCCGAUACGCUCAUCUGGGGGGCUCGCCCACGCGUCCGCCAAGGGGAGAGAGGUUGAAUCGACGGGAGGACGAGAGGACACGCCCGCGCCUGCGCACUCCCUCUCGUGCAACACCCUCUCACCCGUCGAGCGUGCCCACCACCGUUCGGUUCCCCCGCCCUUGUCCAGUGCACUCGCACCCACGUCCCGUCAAGGUGUCGACCGGCCAGCGCGACAAGCCCCGCACUGGCACGCGAACGGCGCGCACGGUGCGCACGUCCCUCCCAUCGGCGCUCCUUCCGACGUUCGAACCUCCCCCGACUCUGCGCGUCCCGCUGCUGCUUCUCGCCCCGGUCCCUCGACCACCUGCGAGAUGUCAAGCUCGGGUGAUCCACGACGAGAUGGCUGCCGGGCUGCGCGAGAUCACCGCGCGCCUGGUAGCCUCUCCUCACCUGCCAGUUCAACGCACGCAGACGGACCGGCUCGCGCGAACGCGCUCAUUCUCGACGCGUCUGACCCCCCGUCGCCUCGCAAGCCGGCAUCCGCCUCUGUGUUGCUCCCUCGUCACUCGCCCGACUCGCGGCCGCCCUCGCGCCCUUUCGAGCAGGUUGCGCUCGCGUCUGUCGAGCACGAUCACCGCCGUCUCGCGUCUCCCUCGUCCGGCGUACCCGCACCUGCACCGCGCGAACGCAAUGGUCCACCAAUGUGUCAAGCCCCGCUCCCGCACGUGGUCGGCACGCUUGGCAAGCACGCCCCUCCCACCGUCGCACCCUUCGACGCUCGCGCCUCCCCCGACACUGCGCGUCCGGCCGCCGCUUCUCGCCCCAGUCUCUUGACUGCACGCAAGACGUCAAGCUCGGACAACUUACGGGAUGGCUGCCGGGCUGUGCGAGAUCACCGCUCGCCCGGUAGCCUCCCCUCGUCUGCCUCGUCUUGCAGACCGGUGCUUGUGUCUACGCCGCGCCUUAGCCAUCCGCCCGACUCACUCGCGUCCAUCCCUCCGUCCUGCAAGGAGGAGCCAGACUUAGCUGGGUUAGAUGAGGAACUCAGGCGCAGGAUUUGGCAGGUCCGCGCGCGUUCGCGCCUCGUCACGGAGGACUCUCCCGAGUCAGCGGCCAUUGCAGAAGAGGAAGCUGCCCUACGGCGCGAAAUCUGGCAAGCUCGAGCCCGUGCUCGCCUCGCUCCACGCCUUGUCUGAACCCUGGGGGGCACUAGCUGUGGUACCCUUGUCUUGUCCCAGCCCACCCACCCUCGACUUUUCUCCUCUAUCCUCAC